AGCUGAGGAGCAUCCACGUUGGUCUGGGGAAUCACAGGGACCCCCUGCCUGUGUCCCUGCUUGUGUUCCUGCCUGCACCCCAAAGCAGAGAUGCCAGUGUCAGAGCAUUUCCAGGCUGGGUUGUUUAGGAAAUGGUCUCCUGAAAUUACACAGGGGGUCCCAAGCCCUGUUUGCCCCACUGCCAGUCCCCAGUAAUGCCAGGGUACCGAGCCCACAUCCUUGUCUGCCCUCCUCAGACCCUCAUAUGGGGCUUUACCCACCCCCUCGUGGAUAAAACCACCUUUGCACAGCUCCUCUGUGUGACCCCCUUCCCCACUUGCACCCUAAAAAGUGGCCUCUUCCAGUGGUGAUGGUGAGCACCAGGGCUCCUGCCUUUCGCUGACAGGGGAAGAAAUCAGGAAACACCCCCAGCCCCAGCUGGAUUUCGUCUGGGAGGGGGCUGGGGGCUGCCUGCCCUUCCCAGGCCUCCCACACCCCCUCCCCAUCCCGGCCCUAAUGAGAACAAGCUGGUCCUGGGCUGCGACGCAGGAGGAGGAGGAGAAGGAGGAGGAGAAGAGGGAGAAGGAGGAGGCUCCAUCCCAGCAGCAGCAGAAAGGGGCUCGAGGUGUGUGGGACAGACCCCGCGUUCCUGGCUCCCUUCUGCCGACGCGGCAGCUGCAGGCGAGGUCCCUGUGCGCGAUCCCGGGAAUGGGGUCGGCGAUGUGGCUGCUGCUGCUGGCGCUGCUGGCGGCCCCGGCACACUCGGCAGCCCCCCGGCACCCCCCGGCGCUGCCGGACACGGGGGGCAGCGGGGAUGGGGAUGAGGCGUCGGCCACACCACCCGCCCCCGUGACCCCCCGGAUCAGCCCCACGGUGGGGGACGCGGGGGGAACCACCGUGACCAACAGCUCUGCCCCGGGAGUGCUGGACGGGCUGGUGGACUUCUUCAAGGAGUACCUGCUGCUGGUGGUGGUGGUGGGCUCGCUGUCCUUCGUGCUCCUCUUCAUCAUCUGCGCCGCCGUCAUCGUGCGCCAGAAGCACAAGGCCUCCGCCUACUACCCCUCGUCCUUCCCCAAGCAGAAGUACGUGGAUGAGCGGGACAAGGUGGGGGGGCCCCGGGCCUUCAGCGAGGUGCCCGACAAGGCCCCCGAGGCGGGCGCGGAGGAGCCGCUGGACGGCAGCCGGCAGCUCCAGGCGGACAUCCUGGCAGCCGCCCAGAGCCUCAAAUCCCCCCCCAGGGCACCGCUGGCCAACGGGGCCCAGGCUGAGCAGAAUCCCACCGGGAAGGAGGAAGAAGAGGAAGAGGAAGGAAGCAAGAAGUUGGCAGAUGACCAACCUGCCAAGCCCUCUCCCCAAAAUCCAGGUGCGGAGGAAGCGGUGGGAGCAACGGGAGCAGGGGGCAAGGAGACCCCUGACACGCCCCAGGAUGGCUCCUCAGCCCCCUCCGGAGUCUAAGGCAGGGACGUGGUCCCGGGUGAGCCCCAGGAGCCACCAGACUGGGACACAUGAUGGACAUGGAUCAACGCUCCGUAUGUACGUGGUGGCUCAAGGAAGCCCCGAUGAAGACCCCGCUCCCUCACCCUCCCCAGCCCCCCUGAGGCCCCCCACCCUCGUGCCAAUGGGACACUGUGGCAAAUCCGUGGGGUUUUUUGGUAGCCACUGCUUUCCCCCAGGGCUGGAACGCUGGCAGCCCUCACUCCUGCUGCCCAAGGGGCUUUUCCCACCCCAGCUCCGGCUCUGCCCUCCCUGUGCCAACAGCUUCCUCCCAAAUGUUAUUUUCCUGGUCAGGAUCCUGGGCUGGACACCUGGCUGGGAGCUGUGUCCCUUCGGGAAGAGGGACGGGAGCAGGGCCGAUCUGUUGCUGUCCCCUCCCUGGGUAGGGGGGCAGGGGCUCCCUGUGACCAUGGGUGGCUUUGCCCAUGGCUGUGGCACUGAGGCCACGUGGUGGACGGGCUGCCCUUGGCCACCCGAGGGGAGGAGGGAUGAGGAUUUAGGGACAAAGACCCAUCCUUUCACUUUUUCACCCCAAAGCAUGUCCCACAGCCCAGCUGGACUUUUGCCUCAUUUCCUUAACCCCUCUGGCUAGAAAUAAACGUUUCCUCUGCAGA